UCUAAAACAAAACAUACUCGAUCGAUCAUUUUAGACACUUCUUCCAUCAAUGUUCAAAACCAUCAUUUCUUUGACUUUAAAGUCAAAAUCAAGAAACUCUUUAUAUAACCCCAUAAAGCUACUAACUUUAUCAUCAAAAACCAAUUUUAAUAAAUCCUUUUCAUCUGGGCAUCACUUAAAUUUGAAGAAUUAUAAUGGGUAUAGCUUAAAUUUUAAUAAUAAUAAUGGAUUUUGUGUUUUUGGAAAAAGAGGGUUCAGUAGUAGUAGCAGUGAGGGAGGUCGUGAAUGUAUUAAUUAUGAUGUGGUUAUUGUUGGAGGUGGGCCAGCGGGAUUAUCGGCCGCGAUUAGAUUGAAACAAAUGUGCCGUGAAAAUGAUGUGGAUUUUUCUGUUUGUGUUGUCGAAAAAGGGGCUGAAUUAGGUGCACAUAUAUUAUCGGGAAAUGUAUUUGAACCUCGUGCGUUGAAUGAACUUAUUCCAAACUGGAGAGAGGAGGAGGCACCAAUCAGUGUUGGCGUAUCUUCUGACAAAUUCAUGUUGCUUACAAGAAAACAUGCUAUCCCGAUGCCAAAUCCUUUUGAUAAUAAAGGAAAUUAUGUUAUAAGUUUAAGCCAGUUUGUGCGUUGGCUGGGACAGAAGGCUGAAGAACUAGGAGUUGAAGUUUACCCAGGCUUUGCAGCUAAAGAGGUUUUGUUUGAUGAAGAUGAGAGUGUUAUUGGGAUUGCAACUAAUGACAUGGGAAUCGGUAAAGAUGGUUCUAAGAAAGAUAAUUAUCAGCCUGGUGUGGAAUUAAAGGGGCGUAUAAAUCUUUUUGCUGAAGGAUGUCGAGGUUCACUAUCAGAGAAAAUAAUAAGAAAAUAUGAUCUCAGAAAGAAAGGGCAGGGCCAGCACCAAACUUAUGCGUUAGGGAUUAAAGAGGUAUGGGAAAUUGAUGCCAGCAAGCAUAAGCCUGGUGCUGUGGUCCAUACCUUAGGUUGGCCCUUAGAUCACAAAACAUACGGGGGAUCCUUUCUAUACCAUAUGCAAGAUAGACAGGUUUCCAUUGGACUGGUGUGCGCUUUGAAUUAUCACAACCCUUUCUUCAGUCCUUAUGAAGAAUUUCAGAAUCUUAAAUGUCAUCCUGCCAUCAGAUCUCUUCUUGAAAAUGGGACUGUUCUCCAAUAUGGUGCCCGCACAUUGAAUGAAGGCGGUUUUCAGUCUAUUCCAUAUCCAGUGUUCCCCGGGGGAGCAAUUGUUGGCUGCUCAGCUGGCUUUUUAAAUGUUCCAAAAAUAAAGGGCACACAUACCGCCAUGAAAUCAGGAAUGCUAGCAGCAGAAUCUGCUUUUGGAGUACUUCACGAGGGCUCUAAUAUGAAAACCUACUGGGAAUGCUUAAAAAGUUCAUGGAUUUGGGAAGAGCUUCACCGUGCAAGGAACUAUCGCCCGGCAUUUGAAUAUGGGCUUUUUCCUGGUUUGGCUGUAAGUGCUGUGGAAUACUAUCUAUUCAAAGGAAGAGCCCCCUUUACCCUGAAGCACGGCAAACCAGAUCAUGAGGCAACACAUGAAGCAAGUGUAUGCUCCCCAAUUGAAUAUCCAAAGCCAGACGGUAUAGUUAGUUUUGAUGUACCAACCUCCCUGUACAGGAGCAAUACGAAUCAUGAUCAUGACCAACCAGCUCAUCUUCGCUUGAGGGACCCUGAAAUUCCUGAACUUGUAAAUUUGCCAAAAUAUGGUGGUCCAGAAUCACGAUAUUGCCCUGCACGUGUAUAUGAGUACAUUCCAGAUGACAAAGGUCAAAUGAAGCUACAGAUUAAUGCUCAGAAUUGCUUGCACUGCAAGGCUUGUGAUAUCAAAGAUCCAAAACAAAAUAUUGAAUGGACGGUGCCGGAAGGCGGAGGUGGGCCGGGCUACUCGGUAAUGUAAACCAGUUCUGGUCAAUAUAGUUUAAGAGUAGUAGAAAAGUGGGAAUGCAUAUACAUGUAACACUUUAAAGGAAUGCUGGUUGCCAAAUGACUUCUAAUGCCAUAAUAGUGUUAAUCACUUGUGAAUUUCACUCUAUUAGAUACUUGUAGUCUUGUACUAUGAUAAUCCCAAUUUUUUAUGACAUUUGGGAACAUAUAUACAAAUGUUGCUGAUUUUGUUGGAUAGUA